AUGUCGUCCUGGGGUGACGGUGAUAAUCCUUGGCCUGUCAAAGAUUCCGACAGUGCGGAUGGCGAAGUUGAAGCUGGUGAACUUGGACAUAUCUGCGAAGUCAGAGAUGCCUUUGCCGAAUUCGACAAAUCUGGCGAUUUUGUCGAAUGGCUCGACGACAUGCCUUAUGGCGAGGAAGAAGAUCCAGUCCGUAAGGCCAAACGAAUUCGCGAUACUUAUGCUAUUGUAUGUGGUCACUACCCAACCAGAGAAAGUACCUGGGAGGUUCAAACCAUCUGGAUCAACAACCCCAUCCUGCAGGAUGUUCUACGAGUGAUUUUGGGAGAUCAUCCCGAUUGGAGUUUCAGAAAAGGAACUGUCAGUUUCCAGAAGCCGUUUGUUCCUUUGGUUCAUCACUGGGAGCAAUUGUGCGAGGUGGUAGACAUCGAUGCUGGUUCCGAAGCCCAGAAGUUCAUGAAAUUGUUCAUGGAUUUAAUCAGGGGUGAACUACGAGAUACUCUCAUCCGAGUCAAGCAGAUCAUGAAGACAGGAUGUGCUGCUUCCAGUGACCUUCAAUUUGUCUACAAGCCUGGUCAGCUCUUCUUUGACUCCCGCCCUCCUAUGGCCGCAGGCAUUUCCCGGGAUUACAUUCAUUCAGAAGUUAUAGUCAGUCAAGUUGUGUGGAACGGGGAGGAGUAUCGUGCGACCGUGUCGAGGUUCGAGUUCCCCAGGUUCGCAGGCAUUCGGUCUAUCUCUGAACUCAGCGUCCGACCAGCGUGGGCCUAUUCAGAAGAUGACAUCAAGAACAUGGAGGCUGCUCUCGUUGAACGUGGCCGCAAGUAUGAAGCACUACGAGGCAUUCAUUACCGCUUUUAUCCCGGUAUUCUCAAAAAAGAGCACACUCAUUGUGAAGUUGAGGCGUCAGGUUGGGGGGACACCAGCAUCCCAAGCAUCCCAAGCCUCCCCACUCAAGCGAUCGCAGGACGAGUAAUCGUCGAUGCGGCAGGUCAACAUGGGCACCGGGGUAGCUCCUCCGACUCCCUAUCCAGUCUUCGAAUCACCAGUGCAAUGUACAGAAACGGACAGUAUUACAAGGCCUCUACUGCUGGUGACCAUCAAGAGUCACAGGAAGAUAGCCAUUGGGAGGACGAAGAAGACGACGGCACCAAGCGCCUCCGGGAUGAGCAGGCUAUGUUGACCGUUUCGACCGUGCACUGUUUCUCGAUCGAAUACAAGAUGUGGUGUACGGCCAAGAUGGACGAUUUAAAAGACAUUGAGUGGAACACUCAGGCUUUUGACAACCUCGUCAUCGAUGAAGCAGAGAAGAGACUCCUGGUCGGAUUCAUAGGUGCAACAAACAACGGAAAAUUGCAGCAUUUCGACGACUUUGUUCACGGAAAGGGGAAAGGUCUCGUCAUGCUCCUGUGUGGCCCCCCCGGCACGGGAAAGACAUUCACCGCAGAAUCUGUCUCCGAAAAUCUCAAGCGCCCUCUUUACCGCGUUGAUACUUCGGACCUGGGGAUGGAUCCCAAGACUCUGGAGAGUAAUCUCAAGACUGCUCUUGAUCGCUGUGCCCGCUGGGAUGCCAUCCUCUUACUGGAUGAAGCCGAUGUGUUCCUUGAAAAGCGCACCAGCAGCAAUCUUACACAGAACGAGAUGACUACCAGCAGGUUACUCUCUGGCGUCAUGAUGCUCACCACGAACCGCUACCUUGCAAUCGAUCCCGCGUUCGAGUCACGAAUCGAUCUUUCAUUUGUCUUCCAGGAUCUUGAGCCAGCCUCCCGAGCCAAGGUCUGGUACAAUUUUCUUAUCAGAGAGGACAAGGCGUUAGCUGGAGACAGCGAUGCGAUUGCGAAGCUGGCCAGCAUGCCUCUUAAUGGCCGACAGAUCAAGAGUGCCGUCAAGACAGCUCGAAUCCUCGCUGCCAGCGAGAACUUGCCUCUUGCAGUUGAUCAUUUGCAGACGGUUGUUUUCAUGCGAAUGAAAGCGUUGAAGAUGCUUGAGUAG